AAUGUGUUUCUGUGUGCUCCAUCCAGGACUGUUUCUUCUACUCGUUGGUGUUCGACCCCAACCAGAAGACCCUCCUGGCAGACCAGGGAGAGAUCCGAGUGGGCUCCAAGUACCAGGCAGAGAUCCCCGACAAGCUGGCAGAGGGGGAAGCAGACACCCGCAUCCAGGAGAAGCUGGAGACCAAGGUGUGGGACACCAACAACCAGCUCAAAGACCCCCAGAUCGACCAGUUCCUGGUGGUGGCGAGAGCUGUGGGGACCUUUGCUCGGGCCCUGGACUGCAGCAGCUCCAUCCGGCAGCCCAGCCUCCACAUGAGUGCCGCGGCAGCCUCCAGAGACAUCACACUGUUCCACGCCAUGGACACGCUGCAGAAGAACAGCUACGACCUGGCCAAAGCCAUGUCCACGCUGGUCCCUCAGGGGGGGCCGGUGCUGUGCCGCGACGAGAUGGAGGAGUGGAGCGCCUCCGAGGCCAUGCUGUUCGAGGAGGCUCUUGAGAAAUACGGCAAAGACUUCAACGAUAUCCGCCAGGACUUUGUAAGCUCUCUUUGUUCUCUUACAGUAUAUGUAACAGUGGACAUUUUUAAACCACUUCUUUUUGGAUUAGCUUUUCAUUAGCAAAAUCCCCUUUGG